AUGGAAACAUUUCUGAAAUUUAUAAAUUGUCAAGGAACUGUUUGUUGUUUAUCUACUUUUUAAACUUUUGUUUAUUAAACAGUGAUUAUUAAGGGAUACUCUAUUUUUUUAAAUACAUAUAAUUGAGGAUAGGAGAACAUACAUUAAAGUUUAAUCAAGAGUGGUGGUGGAAAAUAGGUUUCUGUAUCUUAGAAAAGCUUCUGUGAGCUCUAAAGCUUUUGCAUUGUUAAAAAGAAUAAACCAUGGAUUUGGGAAAUGAAAAUAUAGACUUCAUAAAAUUAAUUAAUAUAAAGGGUAAUGUUGAUAAUAUAACACCCCAUAAAAUAGCAGUGGUGGCUUUUAUUAGAGAAUAUGGAUUGUUAAAAAUAGAAGCAAAAGAUAUGAUUGAUUGUACCAUGGCACCUAAAUACAGGAAAGAUUUUUGUAUUUUGGCUUUAAAAUUAAUUCAGUGCCCUGAUAUGGAAUUUAAAGAAUUAGAAGCACUACUCACAGAUGGAAGGUAUAAUUUAUUAAGUGUACACCUGCAGAAUUUUUGUGUACGUCUGCAAAAUGUUUAUGUCAAUGGAGUAAAUGCUCUUACAGAUUGUGUUUCUUCAACCAUUGAUAAGUUAAUGAUAGAACAAAGCGAAACAAAUCCUUGUGUCAUAACCAGAUGUAGUGUUCUAGGUUUUUAUUUACGAAGAAUAAUGUUGUACUUGGAUAAACUUACUUUUGUGCAAGUUGCCUCACUGUACAAAGCUUUUUGUAUAUACUAUCAAAGAGGUAGACCCGGACUGAUGAUGAGAUCCCUGAGCAAGGAGAAACUGAACAAUGUUGAGGUACAAGCGGCAGGACCCACAAUAUCACCUGUACUACCUGAUGAAUCAAAACAGCAGGAGUUAUUAAUCAAAAUUAACCUUUUUGAUAGAGAUCACAGUUUCGAGGAAUGCCAAUGGUCCAGGAAGCAAGCAGAAUUAUUUACAGCCCAACAAGCGAAUCUGUUGCAAAUUAAUGAAAAAAGGGCAAUGCAACCUAAACAGUUGCAAAAAACAAUAUUGCAAAUUAUGAAUGACAUUCCGGAAUAUCCAGAUAUUCAUUUCCUUAGUUUUUUGAAUUGUAUAAGAAUGAAAGAGUUCAGUGGUGCGCAAGAUUCGCUUUAUAAUUGUUUCGAUCGUGCUGUGUUCAAUAUGUGCGGAAAUGGAAACAUAUCAAAUGAUAGAAAUAAAAAUUUCCGAUAUGCUGCACUAAAUCGCGCUGCGAUGCAUACUCAGUUUGGUCACAAGUCUGUGGCGAUGGAGGGCGUGCGAGAAGCGUUGGCCGUGGCACAGGAGGCGGCGGACGGCGCGUGCCUGGCACACGCGGCUGCGUGGGGCGCACUGGCGGGCGGGCGCGCGCGACGUGCCGCUCUGUUAGCCCGCGUGCCGCGACCGCCGCGUGCCGCUGCCUCCGCCGUGCAGCUUAUGGCACAGCACGCGGCAGUCAACGCUGCGCGCCCCGCGGAUGUGUUCCAGAUCAUUACCAAAGGAGACUCAAUUAAUUACCUCCACUCCAUGACUGAUUUGACUAUGGCGGGUCUGUCAAACACGGCUGCUUUAUGGGGUCUCUAUGGAAAGACCGAAAUGGCAUCUGUUAACUGCCAGCUCCUUCUAAAUUUAAACACAAAAUGCAAUGUGGGCAACGGAAGUGUUUGGCAGUGGUCGGAAGGAGUGGGUGCAGCGGGACCGAUGGGUGCGGCGGGCGCGGGCACUCUUUGCGCGGCUGCUUGGCGCGGUCGUACCCAACUGGCUACCGCACUCGCCUCACUCUUUGUGGCACCGCAAGUUCGCUCCGCUUUUGCCAAGCAACAAGCAUCAGCUGCUCUCAGGGCUGCGAAAUGGGAAGAGGCAGAUCAAUACAUACGCCAAUUGGCAUCGUACGAUCGAUGGGAGAGCCAACUUCUAAGAGCGGAGAUGUAUUUCCUGAAAGGGGACGCAACGGAUGCUCUUGAAACUCUGCAUGAUAUCCUGGACUAUUGCAAGACCGAAGAUGAUAGUUUGCAUUAUAUGAGUCUGAGGUUGAAAGGCAUGAUAAUGAUGUCAGAAGUUCAACAUACUUUCAGUACAAUCCGUUCUACCAAUAUUAUGUUGUUGAAUGAAGCUUUGUCUUUGGCAAGAAAGUAUCACCUACAUUACCUUGCGGCCACAGCGGAAAUGCACAUAGCAAACGUUCAACUUCAUAUGGGUUGUACAAAAAAUGCUUUGACCUUAGUAAGGAAAGUCCUGCCCCUGAUUAUGGAGCACGGGAGCGCCUACGAUUUAGCCAGAGGUACACUACUGUAUACAAAAUGCCGGAUAGCAACUGCGCCGCCGGCUGGUGAAGCGCGCUCCCAAGUGCUGCAGUCAUGCUGUGAAGCUCUCGACACUGUGAAGGAAAACUUUUCGAAGGUUGGGGCUCAAGCGCGUCUUUUGCAUACAUGGUAUCUGCAGGCACAACUCUACAAUGAUAUUGGCAAUACCGUAGCAAGGAAUCAUUGUGCGUGGAUGUACAGACAACUAGAAACACAGCAACCACUAGAACCAUUUAAUAUGCUGCAUAUAAUGUAUUAAGAAUAAUAAAUUAGUUUCACACAAUUA